CUAGUUAGUUUCACGACUAGCUCAGUCAGUUAAGGUGGGUCUGAAGCGUUAACGUAUGUCUGCAAUCCUCUUAUUUUGUCCCUGACCCAGUAUGGAUUACAUUCAUCCGCGGGUCACUUUCAAAGGACUUUCAUUGAACAGAGAAACAUCUAGGCCUCUAGAUAAUUUCGAGAGGAUAUAUUUAAAGCGCAAAUGACUUUUUAUUAUUAUUAUUAUAAUGAUGCAUUUAAUUAUUUUCAUGCCCGACAAGGAUUUCAGAAACUGCGAUGUGAAGGAAAUAAGGUAAACAUUCAACCCAUAUUGACAACACUAUCGAGGAGAUUUACUGCAAUAUUCAUAACAGUGAAGCUGGAAAAUGUUACUGAACGUAAGGUGUGAAUUGUGAAGAUGCAAAAGGGCACCUGGAUUGAUGACUGCAGGCAUUAAGUAGCUCUCCAGGGUGCUGAAGUUGAAUCACUCAACGCCACUGACGAGCCUCAUCAAACUCUUAUUUGUGAACUGAGAUCUGCUCAACAUUUGUUUAUACCCACGGCGCGACUGAUGCUGGAAAACCGUCGUGAAGGAUGAGCGUCUAAUCAUUUGAAGGAUAUACAUCUACGUUAUUAAAGCAAACACUGGAGGAACGAGUUAAACUUUGUGGAGAUGUUUUCAUGCACCAAGAGGCCCAUAUAAAUAAUGGUGUCUCUUUGUAACAUCCAUCUUUCAUAACGGCUUCUGACGGAGGACAAUGCAACAUAUUCACCUCCCGUUCGGAGGUGCUUUAUGGGAUUUAUCCAGUUACCCCUGCUGCCCCGUCCUCUGGAGCAGACACAGCCUCUCUACGCUCCCCUUUUACAGCAUUACACUAUGGAUUAUUCUUGGUGUUUUGACUUUUCCAUGUUGUGUCCAGUGCCUGAUUUUCAAAGUAGGCGUCCUGGGGCCUUGGAACUGUGACCCUUAUUAUGCAAAAUCACUUCCUGCCAUUGCGUCCAGACUGGCUGUUAGCCGAAUAAAUGAGGAUUUUAGUUUAGACCUGGGCUGUACGAUGGACUUCGUCAUCCUUCAAGAGGCUUGCGAGACAUCCAAAGCCUUGACCUCAUUUGUACAAUAUGAGAACACGGUUGAUGCGUUUAUAGGCCCUUCAAAUCCAGGAUACUGCAAUGCUGCGGCGCUUAUGAGCAAGAAUUGGGACAAGUCUAUGUUUUCAUGGGCGUGCAUUAACCAUGAGUUAGACCGGGUCCAGAGCUACCCAACAUUUGCUCGAACUUUACCAUCCCCGACACAGGUGCUCUUCAGUGUGCUUAGGUUUUUUAGCUUGGCUAACAUAGCCAUCGUGUCUUCUAAUGAGGAUAUAUGGAUCGAUACGGCUGCUAAAUUAGCUAGCGCUCUCAGAAACCAGGGGCUUCCUGUUGGCAUUGUUGUGUCCAUGGGGAAUAAUGACACCAUGCUGGAGAACACGUUGCUGAGCAUACGAAAUGCAGGGCUGAUAAAAGUCAUCAUUAUGUGCAUGCACUCAGCACUCAUUGGAGGAGAGCAACAAACGUCAUUCCUGAUGAAGGCCUAUGACAUGGGAUUGACGAAGGGUCAGUAUGUGUUUAUCCCAUACGACACCCUCCUGUACAGCCUGCCCUACACCAACACCACCUACUUCCCACUGCAAAACAACACCAAACUGCGCAAAGCCUACGACGCUGUACUCACCAUCACCAUAGAGUCAGACCUGAUGUCAUUCAACGAAGCAUACAGUAUGGCCAAACGAUUCGGAGAACUGAUGGUGUCACAAGAGCCAGAGCAGGUCUCUCCGCUCUUUGGUACAAUCUACAACAGUUUGUACCUCCUUGCAAAGUCCAUGCACAAUGCCAGAAGAGCCGGUAAGUGGUUCUCCGGGUCCAACCUGUCCUCCUUCACGAGGAACAUCACAUUUUCAGGGUUCAACCAGAACAUCCGCAUGGACGCCCAAGGGAACGGGCAGACUGACUACGUGAUCUUAGACACUGAUGGCUGGGGAUCUGAACUGUAUCGUUGCUUUUAUGUGAAGCUGACGUUAGAUAAAGUGCUGUUCGCCGGGACGUACAUUCAUUUCCCUGCAGGUUCACCUCCACCUUCAGACUCCAGCUGCUGGUUUGACCCCAAUGCCAUCUGCGCAGGAGGUGUGGAAAUAACAUAUGUCAUCAUAUCGUUCGUGACUGCACUCAUUAUUGUUCUUGGUUCUAUUGGUCUCACUCUAUUCGUAAGGCGGCGAAUCCAACAAAUCCAGCUGAUCAAAGGGCCCAACAGAAUCCUGCUUACACUUGAGGAUCUGACCUUCAUCAACCCUCAGCUGAGCAAGAGGAAAAUCACCCUUGAGGAUCUUUGCGACUCAAAAAGUUACAUUGAGGAGAAGAGCAUAGGUGAACGUUCCCGCUCUGUGAAUAGCAUGGCAACAGCAACACAUGAAACAUCAAACGUGGCUGUAUACGAGGGCGACUGGGUGUGGCUAAAAAAAUUUAAGGAGGGACAUUUCAAGGAGGUUAAACAGAGCACCACUAAGAUCUUCACCAAGAUGAAGGACCUACGGAAUGAAAAUGUCAAUCCUUUUUUGGGGUUCUUCAAUGAUUGUGAGAUGUUUGCCAUUGUGACUGAACACUGUUCUCGGGGGAGUCUACACGAUCUCCUUCGCAAUGAAGAUGUCAAACUGGACUGGAUGUUUAAAUCCUCUUUAUUACUGGAUCUCAUCAAGGGCAUGAAGUAUCUUCACCACAGGGAAUUUCCUCAUGGGCGCCUGAAGUCUCAUAAUUGUGUAGUAGAUGGACGUUUUGUCUUAAAGAUCACUGAUUAUGGAUACAGUGAGAUUCUUGAGACCCAGAAAGCGCCAAAGGAGACCCCACCUCCAGAGGAUCUAUUCUGGACAGCUCCUGAACUUCUCAGAGACCCUGAAAGUCCACGGAAAGGAACUUAUAAAGCAGAUGUGUACAGUUUUUCGAUUAUACUUCAAGAAGUGGUGGUCAGAGGAACGCCGUACUGCAUGCUCGGAUUGUCCCCUGAAGAGAUAAUAAGGAAGGUGAAGAAACCUCCGCCUAUGUGCAGGCCCACUGUCGCUCCAGAUCAAGCUCCACUGGAAUGCAUUCAGUUAAUGAAGCAGUGCUGGAGUGAACAGCCUGACAGAAGGCCUCCUUUUGAUCAGAUCUUUGAUCAGUUCAAGCUCAUCAACAAGGGCAAAAAGACCAAUAUUAUUGACUCCAUGCUGCGUAUGCUGGAGCAGUACUCCUCCAACCUGGAGGACCUGAUCAGAGAAAGAACAGAGGAGCUGGAGGUAGAGAAACAGAGGACAGAGAAGCUUCUGGCUGAGAUGCUUCCUCCUUCUGUGGCAGAAGCUCUGAAAACCGGUGCCUCCGUGGAGCCAGAGUACUUUGAUCAAGUCACCAUCUACUUCAGUGACAUUGUAGGCUUCACCACCAUCUCAUCCCUUAGUGACCCAAUUGAGGUUGUAGACCUGCUCAAUGACCUUUACUCCCUAUUUGAUGCCGUGCUUGGCAGCCACGAUGUCUAUAAGGUUGAAACCAUUGGAGAUGCCUACAUGGUGGCCUCUGGGCUGCCAAAGAAGAACGGCAACAAGCAUGCAGCCGAGAUCGCCAACAUGUCCCUGAACAUUCUCAGCUCUGUGGGCUCCUUCAAGAUGCGGCACAUGCCAGAUGUUCCGGUCAGAAUACGGAUUGGCAUUCACUCAGGGCCGUGUGUUGCUGGAGUCGUGGGUCUAACUAUGCCUAGAUACUGCCUUUUUGGAGACACAGUCAACACCGCCUCUCGUAUGGAAUCUACAGGGUUGCCUUACAGAAUUCAUGUGAACAUUAGUACAGUGAAUAUUCUCCGCUCACUGAACGAUGGCUACAAAAUAGAAGUCAGAGGAAAGACUGAGCUUAAGGGGAAAGGCAUUGAAGAAACAUACUGGCUUGUUGGAAAGUCUAAUUUUACAAAGCCUUUGCCAAAACCACCAGAGAUCAAACCAGGAGAUAACUGGCAAGAUAUGAUGACGGAGGAGAUCAAGUCAUUAUUCCGCAAGGCCAACAGACAAGUGGACAAGCCCAAAAUCUGAGAAGCACAAGGAUGACCAAGACUGGCCAAGAAGGAAAGACACAUGACUGAAGUUGCAUGGGAGAGAAACAAUGGACAACACUAGCAUGUGUGUUUCACUGCAGCUUACAAAGGCUACUUUAAUAGGAUUGGUUGUUGUCUGUUUAAUCUGACUCUGCACAGCGCAGCAGAAACAACAGUGCUAAUGAAAUGGCCACUGAAGAACAAGUCAGUGAAAGUAUAUUUCUUUCUAAGUGGCUAAGUGUGCGUCUCGUACCAAAGGCGACUACACUUGUUUUUGUUUUUCACAGGUGUUUCACAUUUUGUGUUCUCACAUAUUUGUUACACAUGGUGGAGCUUAAAUUGAUUUUCUUUGAUCUUCUCUAACUAAAAAACAUAAUCAGAUUCGGCGAGGCUUAGUGGACAUCUGCUGCAAAGUCCAAAUGGCAUAUUCUAGCUAUGUUUAUGCAAAAGCCAGAUCGACUGAGGUUGGUUGUCAGCAGGUGCUUACAAAUGUAAGGCUGCUGUACGUUGUCUGUGGAAUGCAAUAAUUCUGUGAAUUCUGAUAAUUUAUGCAAAGAGAUUUAUUUGUACUAUGCGGAAUAUUCAUUAGGUGUACCUUGCAAUACAUUUAGAAAACAGGGCAAAACUGAUACUGCUUUUAAAUUACAUAUAAAAUCUGACUAAUCUGUUUAAAAAAGGGUCCUGUCUCUCUCUGAUGAAGCAUAUGUGGUUGUACUGGAUGUAAAGUGAAAUGUUUAAGAUGCUGUGCAGUUUAAGUUGUAUUAAACAUGUAGGCUGGGUUUGUCUGAGAGGGAAUGACUGCCUUACAUAAGCUGUUUAAAAUUAAAACUUGAGUUUUCUGUCAAUCAAACCUAUCAGCCACAAACUGAGUGGCAUUUUUUAUUGUAAUUUUUAUGACCUCAUUUUCUGGGAGUCAAUGUAAAGGCCGGUCAGAUCUCAACAGGCCUCUCUUUAAAAGUUCAGUUUUGCACUCCAAGCAAUUGUCUGUUAAACAUGUAUACAAGUACUGUACAAUAUUAUACUCUAAUUGUUAAAUUUCAUGAGCAAUUGUACUGAUAGCAUUAGGAGACUUGAAACGUUCAAUUGUAUGCUUGCAAAAUACAAUGUUGUUCUGAUGCUCCGUACACACAAUAACAUAUUUGAACAAGU